UCCCCACCACUCGCCCAGCCACCACCACCACCCCUUUCAAUCAUCCCUGUGGCACGCGCCCUGGCAGUCCCAGGGAGGAGGAAGCGAGCGAGGCAGGGCGAGCGAGAGGCAAAGAGAGAGAGAGACAGACAGAGGGGAGAGAAGACAUCAGCAGUGGACACACUCAAGAGUUCAACAGGCUGUUCGAAGGGACUCUUAUUUGGAUUACAUGCAGGGCCAACAAAGGCGCGCUGGGACGUCUUACGACCAGAGCCGUUAAGAGCGUGCGGAUUUAAACGGAACGUCCGAGGGAGGGCCGCGCGUGCUUCCUCGCAGCCGCUCACGAAGGGCCUAAGCGGCAGGGGAGGAGGUCGUCGGGACACCGUCGCUCGGCAUCGCGGCACGCUGGAGUUCCGCCGCGCUGGGGCGCCGCUUGGGAUGGCCGGUUUGGACUGCCCCACUCCUCCAGUGCGUACCCUCGAGGACCUCACUCUGGACUCGGGCUACGGUGGCACGGGCGGCUCGUGCAGAUCCCUCAGCUUCUCCUCGCUGCAGUGCGGCUCGCUUACCCGCACGGCCCGCGGCGCCGGCGCCGGAAGCCCCGGGAACGGUGGCGGCGGCAGCACCGGCGGCAGCGCCGGGAAAAUCGCCGGAGGGGGUGGUAGUGGCGGUGCCGCCCGUGGCGGCGGCGGAGUAAUAAGUGGCGGUGGCGACGGCGGCGGCGCUGGCGGCGCUGGCGGCGACGGCCCGGGUGUCGUGGGAGGAGGAGGAGGAGGAGGAGAAGGCUCGGCCGGGUCACGCAGCGGCCACGGCAGCUGCGACACGGUGAACACGGCGCUCGCCGAGGACGGCGAAGGCGCGGCGGGCCCCGCGGGGAACUGGACUCGCCUGCCCGGCUUGGAAGAGGAGGAUGCCCCGUGGAACGUGCGCGACGUCGCGGUGAUGCUGGCCCAGGGCAGGGCCCGCGAGGCCGUGGCGGCCGGGCGGGUUCCGCAGGAGGUGGUGGCCCACCUGUCGUCGAUGGCCGGCGUGGCGCUGGUGCGGCUGGCCCGCGAGGCGCAGAGGCUCAGCCUCGUCUAUGCCAGGUGCACGCGGCACGAGGUGGAGAGCGCGGCGCGCGUCGUGCUGUCCCGCUCGCUGGCCGACGCGUGCCUGGCCGGGGCGGCCCGCGCCCUCUCGCUCUACGGCCUGAGUGGCGGCGAGCGCGGCUGGCGCGGCAAGGCGGAGCGCUGCGGCCUCUCGCUGCCCGUGGGGCGGCUCCACCGCUGGAUGGCGGAGGCGCGCGUGGCGGCGCGCGUGCACGAGCACGCGGCCAUCGCGCUCGCCGCCUGCGUCGAGGCCCUGGUGGACGAGGUGGCGGUGCGGGCGCUGGCCGCUUGCGCCGUCGGGGACGAAGACGAGGAGGCGGCGGCGGCGGCGGCGGCGGCGGCGGAGAUGACUGCGGGCCAGGAUGGGGCGCACGAGAAGAAAGAGGAGCUGCCCGCCCACCACCACCACCACCACCGCCGCUACAACCACAGCUACCACCGUGGAGGAGGAGGAGGAGGGGGAUCUGGGUCUGGAGGAUCGGCCCACCGACGUCGCCGUGGUAGGCCGCUAUGCCCCGAGGCGUUGGACGCAGCUGUGGGAAACGACCCGGAGCUCUACGGACUCCUACAGCCGUACGAGCAUCUGAUCUGUGGGAGGAACGCACACGGUGUGCUGUCACUGCCGCUGCACUUCAGCGCGUUCGAAGAGCGGGCAGCAUCGAUGGCUGGAGGAGGCGGCACCAGCGGGACGAUGUCCGUGGAGCCGUACGGCCCUGCGGAGCUGCGCACGCUGGACCAGUCGUUACUCGCCACCUACGUGGGCAGCGUCGCCGAGCUCGGAGACCUGGUCUCUCGCGCCAUGCAUCAUCUGGCGAGGUUUGGCGGCGGCGGCGGCGGCUCGAGUGUCGGUGUCAGCCCUUCGCGGGCAACCCAGGCGAACGCCCCCGCGCAGGCGGCCUGGGGCUGGGACUCGCUGCACGCGCUCUACUACUUCAUGCGCUGCCCGCGGAUGGAGUGCAUCGAGGAUCCCAACCUGGAGCCGCCCAAGCUGAGCCUCACCUAUGAGAGGCCGUUCGUGCUGCGGCCCCCGCUGAUGGAGUGGAUGCGCGUGGCGAUGGCCCACGCGGGGCACCGGCGAGGCCUCACGGUGGACAGCGAUGACGUGCGGCAGGCAGCGCGACUCUUCCUGCCCGGCGUCGACUGCGAGCCGCGCCUGCUCAAGACGGACGACUGCUUCUGCGCCUGGCGCCGUCUCGACGCCCGGGCGGCCGAGGGCCGCUUCCUGCAGGACCUCGCGUUCCGGAUGCUCAACUGCGGCCGCACGGACCUGGUGAAGCAGGCCAUCGCCCUGCUGGGACCCGCCGGGGUCGACACGCUCAAUGACCAGGGCAUGACCCCGCUGAUGUACGCCUGCGCAUGCGGGGACGAGGCCAUGGUGCAGAUGCUCAUCGACGCCGGCGCGAGGCUGGACAUGGAGGUGCCGGGAGACCCCCACGUGCUCCCGUCCGUGCACCCGGGCACGAGGCACUGGACGGCGUUGUCAUUCGCCACCCUGUACGGGCACCUCUCCAUAGCCCAGCUGCUGCUGGAGGCCGGUGCCAACGUGGAGGGGUCACUCAAGGACACGGACGAUCCCAACUACGCCGAGACGCCCCUGCAGCUCGCGUCGGCCGCAGGUAAUUACGAGCUGGUGAGCCUCCUGCUGGCGAAGGGAGCCAACGCGCUCGUGAGUACGGUACAACGCAACGGCAUCGCUGCCGCCACUCCAGGGGACAUGAACUCCUUCAGCCAGGCAGCGUCACAUGGGCACAGGAACGUCCUGCGCAAGCUGCUGUCUCAGCCCGAGAAGAAGCAGGAGGACGUGCUGUCGCUGGAGGAGAUCCUCGCCGAGGGCGCGGGCGGCCCCGGGGGUUUUGGCGUGGGGGUCUCGGCGGAGGGUCAGGGCGGACGGGUGAGGGUCAGGGCCCUGCAGGAGGCCAUGUACCACAGCGCCGAGCAUGGACACCUGGACGUCACCAUGGAGCUGCGCGGCAAGGACGUGCCGUGGACGCUGCACGUGUGGCUGGAGUCGCUGCACACGUCGUGCGUGCAGUCGCGCUCGGCGGCGACGGUGGCGCUGCUCGACGAGUUUGCGAGCGUGCGCGCCGGCGGCGUCCACUUCACGGAGCUCAUGCUGGCACGCGGGCUGCCCCUGCUCUUCGACAUGCUGCGAGGCCAGCAGAACGAGGCGAUCACACAGAGAGUCGCCGACAUCCUCAGCCAGUGCUACGGACCGCAGCCUGUGCCCAAGAUCCCCGAGGACCACACCCCGUUGGGGGCUCGGCUCGACCCGCACUUCGUCAACAAUCGGGAGAUGUCGGACGUGACGUUCAUAGCCGAGGGCCGCCCUCUCUACGCCCACAAGGUGCUGCUUGUGACCGCCUCGCCACGAUUCAAGGCUCUGUUGACCGGCGGGGGCUCUUCUGUGGAUCAGUGUCGGAGCAUUGAGAUCGGGGAAAUUAAAUACCACAUCCUCGAGCUCUUAAUGCGGUACGUGUAUUACGGUGGCGUGGAGGAGGUCAAAAUAGCAGACGAAGACAUCUUGGAGCUCAUGUCGGCCGCCAGCUUCUUCCAGCUCGACGCCCUGCAGCUCCACUGUGAGCAACUCUGCUCCCGCGCCAUCUCCUACAGCAACGCUGCGGGCCUUUACCGUCACGCCAAGAAGGUGGGCGCCGGUCAGUUGGCUGUGUUCUGCGAGGGAUACUUCCUCAAGCACAUGCCAUCGCUGCUGUCCGGCGAGGAUGCCUUCCGGGCGCUGGUGCUGGGCCGCGGAGGCCGGGGAGGCCGGGCAGGGAGAGCGGGGCGAGUGGGGUCCAGCGGGGUGGGCGGGGGAGCUGGGGGAGGAGGAGGGGUGCUCGCUGCACUGCACGCUACCCUCGCCGCUCGUAUGCUGCAGCAGCAGCAGCAUGGACGCAAGUGAGCGAUUGGUGGAUAUUUAUUCAGAAGCGGACUGCACAAGACGGAGAAGGGGGGGGAAGGGAAUGUGUCUGAGAGGCCGUCCACCUGCACACGAGCUCGUUUCAGAUGGAGCGCAGCUACUGGAUGGAUCUUUACAUCUCACAAUCCUGAGAGAUGGGGACGUCUUGGUCGAGAGGGAGGGGUGAACUUCAUCCAGCAGUGAGUGGAUCACAGCCGACGACGAUGAUGAAAAUCAUCAUCAUUAUGAUGGACUAAAUAAUGGAGGAGCUUCUUGUUUGAUGCUUGGACAACAGAUUGUGUGGUUUAUGCACGGCUGAAAUGUAUUGAUAAGUCUGUGCUGUGGAAAACGAAAUGGACAUUUUGUUGGGACGGGCAGCACUGUUAAUAUUAUACCUUUGCACACAAUUGCGUGCAUGCUCUGCUCUGCGGACAGCUAUUCCAGGUUCACCGAGUAAACAGACAUUCGGUGAGUUGGAUGGCUAAGUGAAAAGGUAAGGGCGCAGCCCUGCAAGUGUCAAACACAACUGGUGGUGGAAGGGCCUCCCCAAGAAGGAGCUCUGCAGAGCCCAUGUAUUUGGCCGACUCUUCCUUGCCGGCCAGACGACCUGGAAGACGUGUCAGUCUUCACGCUUUACCCAACAGCACGCGACCUGCCGAUCGACGAAGUGAACACUUCGUUUGAAUUAUCUGCGCUGGUCAGAGUAACGGUGAAAUGGUAAGGUGGUGAACAUUUCAAAUGAAAGGUUUGAAAGUGUGCUGCGCGGCUUGAUUGAUAGUCGUACAGAGAGCUUGCUGAAUGGACAGCUAACGUUACCAGUCCGCGAUGUGGACCAUUCAUAGCGUGCGGCCAUGAAGUACAAUUAAUGAGGCAGCUAAUUAAACGCAUUAGGUGAUGGAAGUGAAAGAUGACAAGGGGCAGUUUAAAAGGCGGCUUCGAGAAUGAUUUGUCACAAGUGCACAAAGACAAAAGCACACAACAGUGAAAUGCCUGUGGCGGAGCACUGAGCCAGCACACUCUUUACCAAGCAACAAAUGUGUACAAAGCGCACAGCUGCUGUGCAUAUGAAAAAAAAAAACUCUUGAGAGUUUCCUCAAGAAGUGCAUUGUGGCCCUCUUUGUCUUAGGGCACCGUCAAAAUAAAUGUGCGCAAAUGUAACCGGCUUAGAGCAGCAGUGGUAAAGUGAUAGUCAACCCUCAACCGGUCCCGUCCUUACUCGGACUCGUCAGCACAAUAGUCUGCCUCCACUCUUACCAGACGCAACUCCCGAAAUUGACCUCCCUGCUUCUUUCGAUACAGAAUUCAACACAUCCGUCAAUAAUAUUGCCCUAACAGGAAAAAAAUAUAUAUGUAUCUAGCAGGCGACAUUUUGGGGAAUAGCCCUUCAUAUCGAGAAGCCCGAGAAAUUGAGUCAAUAAUAGUUGAUAACUGCCCCAUACACCAUGGUGCCCUGCUAAAAAUGUUAUUACAAAAAAUAAAUCCAGGUUUUACUAGAAAUCCGUUGUCUUGGUAAAGGACCACAUAACUGAACUGAUAUAAUUGGCGUUUUCUCUCUCAUCUGUGUCCAAUUCCAACCUGCUACACUACUGGAGGGUCCUGGUUUAAUAAUUGUUUUACCAACACGGAUUUGAACACUCGGAUUUUCAUCAGUGCCGACUCAGUGCUCUGGAAAUAGCAUGUCUUCUGAGCCACAUGGACACUUCAAAGAUAGACUCCAUGGAAAUGUAAUAAUUUUAGAAUUAGUGCAUUGAUUUAUGAGCUGGUAUUAUUUAACAAAAAACAUUUUCAUGCAAAUGGUUGCUAAAUUAAAUGUCAGCUAAUGGAAUUCCUCGAAUAUCAAAAACCUUUUAUACGUUUUCACUGCCCAUAUUACAAAUGUUGCUAUUUUCCUGUUCCUGUUUUUUUUACUAUUUGUUUUUCGUUAUGUUUAUUAAGGUACUGAGGAAAAACGUGUAACUUUAUUUAGAAUUGCCAACAGACAGCAGAGCAUUAACGUCACAGAUUUUGAUCCAAUGUCCUUAAAUGUUUAACACGUAGGCUUUCGCGACCAAUAUUAUCCAUAAAAGCUUUUCCUGGGUUAGAUUGCGUAAGUAUAAAUGUCGUAAUUACCGGCGAAACAUCGUACUUGAAUUGU